UCAAAUCAGUCAAAUCACCUUGUGUGGAUCUUAUUCAGGUUUUCUGGCAGUGAACAACAUGGUGCGCUCUGUCCUCUGCCUCCUGACUGUGGCCCUGGCCUUUGUGCCUCUGCUCUCUGCUGUGGAAGUGGAUUCAGAGAAACCUGGAGUCUGUCCCAAGCCCAGGACAGACAUUCACGUAGAGGUCGGUUGUCUGGAUCAGUGCUCCACAGACAGUGAAUGUGAGGGAAACCUGAAGUGCUGCUUCGACGGCUGUGGACGUGUUUGUGAAAAGCCAAGAGGUGAGCCCAAGCGUAAGGACAAACGAUUGUGCCCUAGUCCAAGUGGUUCUGGAGAAUGUGUCGAACUGUGCACUUUUGAUGAAGACUGUAAGGAGGAUGAUAAAUGCUGCUCCAAUGGCUGUGGGCAUACCUGUCAGCGACCAGUCAUAAAAACCAAACCAGGAUCCUGCCCUGACCCAAUCCCUUUUUUCACCACAUGUAAAAAGGAAUGCACUGAUGACAGUCAGUGUCCCAAGAACCUCAAAUGCUGCUACAGUGGCUGUGGACUCCAGUGUGUGCCCCCUCAACAUGGCAACCGUCCAAAGUGAUGGUCAAAAUCAUUGAGUUUAUGAAUCUAGAACCACUUUAUAUCCUCUAGGCCUGCUUGUCAUGAGGUUUAACCUCUGGUCAUUGAAAUUGUGCAGAUGAAGUAACUUUUACCAAGGAGACCAUGAAACGGUUGCAGAAACAUUUUGAUGCAUGUCAUGUGCUCCCAUUCUCUGUUCAUUUAAUAAAUGAAUCCAAACAGU